AUGGGCCAAUUCAAGUACUGGCUUGGGAAGCUGCAGGUCCCUACUGAACCUGGACUCUCGACAGCUCAGCUCAUGUUGACAAAUGAGGACCUUAAGCCAGUCGAGCAAGAACGGCGUCAAUGGGGGUGGCCCAAUUUUGUUGCUUUUUGGAUUGCGGAUUCAUUGAACGUUAAUACUUGGAUGAUUUCCUCUUCGAUGAUAGUCGAUGGUCUAUCCUGGUGGCAGUCAUGGUUGUGCGUCUGGAUUGGGUAUACCAUUGCUGGCCUUUUUGUGUGCCUCAUGGGCCGAAUUGGUGCCACCUACCGGAUUCCAUUUGCGGUGACUAACCGGGCCUCGUUUGGAAUUUGGGGGUCAUUCUGGCCAAUUCUUAAUCGAGCGGCAAUGGCAGUGUUAUGGUACGGGGUCCAGACAUACCUCGGAGGCGAAUGUGUGACCUUGAUGAUCCGGGCCAUCUGGCCCAGCUAUGCUCAUUUACCGAACACAAUUCCUGAGGGAGCGGGGGUUACUACCCAACAGUUCGUGAGCUUUCUUUUAUUCUGGCUAUUAUCUCUGCCAGCUCUAUGGUUCCCUAUCUACAAGAUCAGGCAUCUUUUCACUAUAAAGGCAUACUUUUCUCCGACCUGUGCCAUCGCCUUCUUUGGCUGGGCGAUUGCUCGUGCGCAUGGGCUUGGCCCCAUCGUCACCCAGUCUAAUUCUGCACACGGAAGUGCUUUGGCGUGGGUAUUUGUCAAGAGCAUCAUGAGCUGCAUUGCCAACUUUGCUGCGCUUGUGAUCAAUAACCCUGAUUUUGCACGUUAUGCGCGAAAGCCGCAGGAGGCCCUAUUGCCCCAGCUCAUAACGAUCCCAGUUGGAUUUGCUAUUACAUCGUUCAUCGGCAUUAUUGUCUCCUCAUCAUCGAGCGUGAUCUUCGACCAGCCAGUCUGGAAUCCCUUGAGUCUGCUGGGAAUGUUCCUAGAAAAUGCGAACUCGGCUGAGCGUUUCGGCAUCUUCGUCAUCGCGAGUGGUUUUGCUUUGGCCCAGCUAGGGACAAACGUCGCCGCCAACUCCGUGUCCGCGGGUACAAAUCUCACAGCUCUGCUUCCUCGGUUCUGCACCAUUAGACGUGGUGGUUAUCUUUGUGCAGCUAUCGGCCUUGCCAUGUGCCCCUGGACACUCGUUUCAUCGUCCAGCAACUUCACGCUCUAUCUAUCUGCCUAUUCGGUCUUCCUCUCAUCUAUAUCAGGGGUGAUGGCCAGCGACUAUUACUUGGUGCGCAAAGGCUAUCUCGAUAUCGAACAGCUUUAUAGCGCGCGGGAGGAUGGUCCUUACUAUGGCAUCUGUGGGCUUUCAUGGCAUGGCUACGCUGCUUACUUCUGCGGCAUCCUGAUCAACAUUGUUGGGUUUGCUGGCGCCGUCGGUGUCCACGUUCCCGUUGGGGCGGUGUACAUCUACAACAUCAAUUACUUCUCAGGAUUCAUUGUAUCCGGGGGUACAUACUGGUUACUGGCUAAAAUGGUGCCCGUUCCUGCAACGAGCGACACGUGGAACGAAAUCCCUUACGAAACAUGUGCCGUAUCCGAUCUGGAGUGGAAGAAAACGGAGGAAGUGAAGGAAGUGGAGGAAGUGGAGGAAGUGGGGCGAGUGGAGGAAGUGUGA